AUGAAUAAAUUAACAAAUAGCAGUGAUGCAGAAGAACAAGUGACGCAUGGAAUCGAUUCAUCGCUGUAUCAACAGGAUCCUGCUACUUCAUGUAGUUCGAUACCGGAUAUCCGGAAGAAAUCAACUGCUGUACGAACGAGUAGUUCAUGGCCCGAAAAUGAAUCACGACCAACUGGUCUUGGCUUGAUUCAUUGUUCAUUGCAACAUUUUCCGAUUAGGAAACGUCUUCGUGUUUCACUUUUGAGAGCAGAAGGAUUGGCAGGUAAAUUAAAGCCUGAAUUAGAGAUCCAUGCUUUUUGCAAAAUAUCACUGAUACCAGGUGGUAAAUCACAGAAUUCAAUUGUAAAACGUGGUCGUGAUGUUGCAUUUAAUCAGGAAUUUUUUUUCGAUAAUGUAUUGGUGGAAGAUUUGAGUGAAAAAUGUCUGGCAAUAACAGUUUGUCAUCAAUCACCCCAAAAACUUCAAAAAGACGUUGUCAUUGGUGAUUUGUAUGUAUCACUGAAAAGUUUGAGUGAAUUACGAGCUAAAAAGGAAGUAAAAAUUGUCGAAGAAUUAAAAUAUUGCAUCAAUUCAAAGAAAUUAGGAAAAUUAUACAUAGCAUCAUGUUUGGAAAUAAGAGCAAGUCGUUUAACAAUUAAUAUUAUCAAAGUGGAAGAUUUGCCAAAAGGUGGUAUCACCGGACCACCUGAUGUAUGUGUUCGAGUACUAUUAACGCAAGGCAACGUAACGCAAACAAAACAAAGUCGAAUAAUUAAAGGAACGUGUAAUGCAACGUAUAAAGAAGCUAUUAUGUUUUUGGUAAAGACAAAACCAGCUGAUCUUGGUAAUACCAGCAUUGUUAUUUCCGUCCAUGAUUUGACAAGAACAAUUGCUGGUGAUGAUUUAAUUGGUUCGGUAUAUCUCGGUAAAUCAGCAGUUGAUAAAUCGGAACAUGAGCAAUGGAAGAAUACGAUAGAACAUAUUGGAAAAGAAUUUAAAGGUAUUCAUCAUCUUAAAGCACGUGUAGAAGCACCAAAUGUUCACGUAACUGAAGCAACAUCCGAUUCUGAAUGAAACAAUAUUAAUUUUAUUUCAAAU